AAAGGAGCACAUGAUUCGCCUUCAAAAAUUGAGGUACGCUAGCUGAGACCAUAUCCUCUAUAAAUACCUUUCAAUUCAGAGCACAAAUUCUAGAGUGUAUUUGCCUUGUUUUCCCUCUUGACUUCAUCUGAAAACACUUCGUUAAACAAUGUCAACAUCUUCCUCCUCGAUAUGGUUCACAGUGACUAGGCAAGAGCCGAGACUGGUGGUGCCCGCGGAAGCAACACCGCGUGAACUAAAACAACUCUCAGACAUAGACGACCAAGAGGGUCUCCGGUUUCAGGUUCCAGUGAUAAUGUUUUACGAAAGCAAUCCUGUCAUGGAAGGAGAAGACCUUGUGAGUGUCAUCAGAGAAGGACUAGCCAAAGCACUUUCGUUUUACUACCCAUUUGCCGGGAGGCUUGUUGAAGGGCCUAACCGGAAGCUUUUGGUAGAUUGCACGAGCGAGGGGGUUUUGUUUGUAGAAGCCGAUGCAAAAGUUGAGCUCAACCAACUUGGUGAUGCGAUUCUUCCAGGGUGUCCGGUGUUGGAGGAGCUUCUUCAUGAUGUUCCUGGCUCUGAUGGAAUCCUUGGCUGCCCUCUCUUGUUACUUCAGAUGACUCGAUUUAGGUGUGGUGGAUUCGCCAUUGCCCUACGCCUGAACCACACAAUGAGUGAUGGAGCUGGUCUGGUCCAAUUCCUAAGUGCAAUCGCCGAGUUCGCCCAAGGGAAAGAAAUCACUGCACCUUCUGUGUCACCUGUGUGGCAAAGGGAGCUCCUAUCCGCAAGACAUCCUCCCCGAAUUACAUGCCUUCACCACGAAUUCGAACAAGUGCUCGACACCAACAACAAUAAUGCCAACUCAACCCCAAUCCAAAAACCUUUCUUCUUUGGUCCGAAGGAGAUCAAAGCUAUUCGAAACCAUCUCCCCCCACAUGCAAGCGCCUCCACAUUCGAGGUCCUGACAGCGUGCUUGUGGAGGUGUCGCACCCGUGCACUCGCGCUAGACCCUAACAACACCGUCAGAGUUUCAUGCCUUGUCAAUGGUCGCAGCCUGCCUGGCCUGAUUCUGCCUCACGGGUACUACGGCAACGUCAUUACCUAUCCUGCAGCAGUUUCAAAGGCUGGAAAGGUAUGUUCCUUUCCACUGGAAUACACGGUGGAGUUGGUAAAAACUGCAAAGCCCCAAAUGACAGCCGAGUAUUUCAGAUCAGUGGCAGAUCUUAUGGUGAUUAAAGGGCGUCCUUUGUACACCGUGGCAGGAAACUUUAUUGUUUCUGACGUAAGACGUCUUGGCUUAGACACAGUGGAUUUUGGGUGGGGGAAACCGGUGUAUGGCGGCACCGCUGGGGCGUUUCCUGGGUUAAGCUUCUAUAUGAAUUUCAAAGAUGGGAUUGUGGUUCCAAUAUGCUUGCCAGAACCAGUCAUGGAAAGGUUUGAGGAGGAGUUGAAGAAAAUGACUAAGGACCCUUUCGAUGGUUCAGUUGGUCACAGCGCCCCUAAGAUCACAUCCAUGCUCUAAACUGAGAAUUCAAAUCUGCAACAAUGAAUAUAGUAAGCCUUUAUGAAGGACUGGGAUGAAUUUUGUCAAAAGGAUUUUGUUGAUAUACCAGUUUUUAGAUUCACCCUAAAAAGGGAUGGCUCUGUGGUGAAGGUCUAAGAUUUAGAAUGUGUAUUCUAAGGUCUUAGGUUCAACUUCUAUUGCCUCAAUUCUUGAGGUCACUUGAAACUGUUGCAGAAGGAGUUGUAUGGAUUAAUCCGAAGUAAAUGCAAGUUGGCUCUGGGCAUGCUGUAUUAUCCAAAAAUAUAUGUACUUUUAGAUCUAUAGUAUGUCCCUUAUAGACGGAGAAAAAGCAUACACAAACUAUGCAGAAUAUGUGGUUGUAGUGUGGGCUUUAUCAUUUUAAUUUUUCAAUAACAAGCUAAAAAAUUCUCGUCGUCAUUGUAUAGCUAGGUGAGUUAACGCUAACAUUUUUUGU